GCAAAACAAAACAAGAAAAAAGCAUGGCUCUUGUGCUCGCAUCCGUUCGUCUUCUUCCACUGGCACCCUCGAGAGCAACCGCACCGACCUCGUCGCCAUUAUCCGUUACCCGCACACGGCGAAGGGCCCUUCCCCUCCCUCGCGUCCGCUGCUGCGCCAGUCGGACCUCACACCGCGCCGCCGCUGCUAGCGAGGCUACUCCUUCCUGGGCCGGCGAGCUCGCCAGCUCUGUGCCAUGGAAGGCCGCGGUCUCCGGCGCGCUCGCCCUCGCCGUUUGCUUCACUUGCUUUGUUGGUUCGGCCAAUGCUAGGACUGGGGUAAACAAACCAGAACUGCUUCCUAAAGAAUUUACUACCGUCAUUGAUGUUGCUGGUUUUCUUUCCUCAGGCCAGGAAAACCGUUUGCGCCAAGAGAUAGAAGACCUGGAGAAGGAUACAGGGUACAAACUGCGAGUUCUUGCACAAAAUUAUCCUGAUACCCCUGGAUUGGCUAUCAAAGAUUUUUGGCAGGUUGAUGAGCGUACUAUUGUUUUUGUUGCUGAUCCAACCUUUGGUAACAUAAUAAAUUUCAACAUUGGCCCAUUAGUUGAUUUAGAUGUCCCUCGGAGCUUUUGGAGUCAGGUUUCAGGGAAGUAUGGGAACAUGUUCUACUGGAAAGAAAAGGGAGAGGAUGCAUCGAUUGAAGCUGCCGUGACGGCAAUAUCACGCUGUCUAAGAGAUCCCACCGGGACAAAUAAUUGUUCAGAGGUGCUAUAAGAAGUAAGAGGUUAUCGCCCAAAGAAACAUGGGAAUUCUUUUGAACACGAUAUCCAGUGUACCAAAAAACUAUUUACAAAUUACUUCUGUAAAAAAUAAAUUCAUGGCGCAAUGACA